UAGAAAAUUGCUAACAGCAACACGCGAUUCUGCAUUCGCUUAUUCGUAGACGUUUACAAUUUUUGUUGUUUUGUUGUCAAGCACUGACUCUGGGGGACAGCAUGCAUCCGGAUCUCACUGAGCGCAUACUGCAGUAUGUUGAGAGUGUCGACAAGGUGGACACUCUGGACCUGGCCAAGCAGUUCGAGGUGGACCAUCAGAAAGUUGUCGGCGCUUUGAAGAGCAUUCAGGCACAUGGCGAUUUACUGCAAGCGGAGACCGCAACUCACAAAGCACUGGCAUUGACCGAUGAAGGUGCUGCAGUUCUGGAGCAUGGUAGCCAUGAAGCUCUUGUCUAUGGUUUGGUGCCGGCAGAGGAGGGUAUAACACAGGCGGAGUUGAUGGCAGCUGGCGGUGCAAAUGCCAAGGUGGGCUUUAGUAAGGCCAUGGCCCAUGGCUGGAUACUUGUGGACAAGAGCUGCACUCCACCGCUGGUUAAACGCAAAGUAAAUAAAAUUGUUGACAAUGUCAAAGAGCAGCUGGCCCAGGUGGCUAGCGGUAAAGCUCAGUUGCCGGCCAAGGAUGUGGCUGACUACAAGAAGCGCAAGCUGCUGCAGGAGAUAACCACCAAAAGCUUUGUGCUCAGCAAGGGCGCUGAGUUUGCUACUACGCUGACCAAACUAGAAACUGACUUGACCAUGGAUAUGCUGUCCAGCGGUCUCUGGGAACAGCUCAAGUUUAAGUCGUACAACUUUGAUGCCCUCGGCGCUCCACCCACACGUGGCCAUUUGCAUCCAUUGCUCAAGGUGCGCACCGAGUUCCGUCAGAUCUUUUUGGAGAUGGGCUUCUCCGAGAUGCCCACCAACAAUUAUGUGGAAUCUUCAUUCUGGAAUUUUGAUGCGCUCUUCCAACCACAACAGCAUCCAGCACGCGAUGCACACGACACUUUCUUCAUCAAUCAUCCAGCGCAGAGCUUUAAAUUCCCACAGGAAUAUCUGCAGCGUGUGAAGACCGUGCACUCCAAAGGAGGUUAUGGCUCGAUGGGCUAUGGCUACGACUGGAAGCUUGCGGAAGCGCAGAAGAAUCUGUUGCGAACCCAUACGACUGCCGUAAGUGCUCGCAUGCUGUUCAAGCUGGCCAACCAGGAGGGCGGCUUUAAGCCCGCCAAGUACUUCAGCAUUGAUAAGGUGUUCCGCAAUGAGACACUAGAUGCUACGCAUUUGGCCGAGUUCCAUCAGGUGGAGGGCGUCAUUGCAGAUGUGGGCUUGACGCUUGGAGACUUAAUUGGCACGCUUUACGAAUUCUUCCGUAAGUUGGGCAUCACACAGCUGGAGUUCAAGCCAGCGUACAAUCCUUACACGGAGCCCAGCAUGGAAAUCUUUUGCUAUCAUCCUGGUCUAGCCAAGUGGAUUGAGGUGGGGAACUCGGGCUUGUUCCGACCAGAAAUGUUGCAGCCCAUGGGAUUGCCGCCCAAUGUCAAUGUUAUCGCCUGGGGUUUGUCACUGGAGCGUCCCACUAUGAUCAAAUACGGCAUUAAUAACAUAAGAGAUUUGGUUGGACCCAAGGUGGACUUAAAAAUGGUUGAGGACGGUCCCAUUUGCCGCUUGGAUCAUGUCUAGUUUUGCAUUUUGGCCUUAAACAGU